CAGGCCUCCCCCCUCCCCACCCCCACCCCGGGAUCCAGGAUGGUGGCCCCGCAGGCUGCUGGGGCCCCCUGCAUGGCCGCUCUGCUGAUGCCCUUGGUGAUGUUGAGCUCCCCUUGGGCUCAGGGCAAAGACACCCCAGCGGUCCACGUGUAUCAGAGGAGGAGUGACUGCUACGAGUCCAACGGGACACACCGCUUCCUGGAGCGAUAUGUUUACAACAGAGACGUGUUCGUGCAGUUCGACAGCACCGUGGGCGUGUUUGUGGCUGUGACCGAGCUCGGGCGCACGACCGCCAGGAACUGGAACAUCCAGAGGGAGUUCCUGGAGCUGCGGCGGGGCGCCGUGGACGCGGUGUGCAGACACAACUACGAGCUGGACAGGGCCUUCACCCUGGAGCGCAGAGUCCAGCCUAAAGUGAACGUGUCCCCCUCCAAGAAGGGGCCCCUGCAGCACCCCGACCUGCUUGUCUGCCACGUGACCGAUUUCUACCCCGGCCACGUUCAAGUCCGCUGGUUCCUGAAUGGACAGGAGGAAACGGCGGGGGUCGUGUCCACCAAUCUGAUCCAUAACGGGGACUGGACCUUCCAGAUCCUGGUGAUGCUGGAGAUGACCCCCCAGCAGGGGGAUGUCUACACCUGCCGCGUGGAGCACCCCAGCCUGGACAGUGCUGUCACUGUAGAGUGGAAGGCUCAGUCAGAUUCCGCCCGGAGCAAGAUGCUGACUGGAGUCGGGGGCUUUGUGCUGGGGCUCCUCGCCCUCGCGGUGAGCGUCACUCUCCAUUUCAGAGGCCAGCGAGGACGACAAAGACCUCAGCCAAUAGGUGGUAUUUCUGCUUCCUUCCUCUUUCUUGGGGUGCAAUCCAUUUCAUUGCACAUGAGUUUGGGAGCAUUUAAUGAGCAUCUGUGUUCAGGGUGUGUCCUAGGAAGUGCCCUGGCCUGGGAGGAACUCUCGGAGGCUGUCCCUGCUUCUCAAGUUGAGCCAGUUGCCCCCAACUCCUGGUCCAUGUCCACCUGUGGGCGGGUGUGA